AAACACCCUUGACAAUAUAUUCUCAGGAAGCAGUACAUGCUCACAUUCUCAUGAGGCUCAUGCAACAGUUCUCCACCACCCAAAAAAAAGAUGCUUGACAUCUGCCUGAUCUGCUGCAUUUGGGCUGCAGUUGCAGUCUUCCCGGGUUCUUUGGCUUUCAACAUUGGAACAAAAAAUCCCAAAGUCUUUUCUGGAGAGAAGAAUGAUUUUUUUGGAUAUAAAGUGCUUCAGAUGAAAUCAGCUGAGAAGAUGGGAAUUAUUAUCACGGCACCUCUGAGCUUAAACGGAUCUGGGAAAAUAUGCAAAUACAGCCACGAAGGAAAGCCAAGUUGCCAGACUUCAGAGGAGUUUCCGGAAUCAAACACGACUGUGAUCAAGCACUUGGGUUUGUCAAUAGCUGCUAAACCCAAUGGAUCCGAGUUCACAGUGUGCAGUCCAAGUGUUGUCCAUGAAUGCUAUGGGAACUCCUACCUCAACAGUUGGUGUUUUAGCAUGAAAGAUAAUCUUUCCUCCAUUUUUAAACCAGGUUUCCAAGAGUGUACCAAGAAUAAAGUAGACCUGGUCUUUCUGUUUGACGGCUCACGCAGCAUGACUGAACAAGACUUUGAAAAAAACAAAGAUUUCAUUGAGAGUAUAAUGAAAAGUUUACCCAACACAACAAUCAAGUUUGCAGCAGUUCAGUUCUCCACCACCUUCAGGACAGUUUUUGACUUCAAUGACCACGCCGCAGGGAGAGCUAUGGAGAAACUGAAGAAGGAAAAGCACAUGAUGGCACUCACCAACACAUAUGAAGCCCUUCAGUUUAUCUUAACCAACCUGUUUGAAAACAAAUCAGCGGGUGCCACCCCUAAUGCAACUCAAGUUCUGGUUCUCAUCACGGACGGAGAUCCCAGUGAUCCUCACAAGAAAGCAAGUCUUAAAACAUAUGAGGAGAAGAACAUCAUUCGGUUUGUCAUCGGGGUAAAAAUUGACAGCAUGGAGAAAAUUAAACCCAUUGCUUCAGAGCCAAAGGACAAAAAUGUUUUUAAAAUUGAGGACUAUCAGGGCCUUGAUGGGAUUUUAAAAAACUUCCAAAAUAAGAUCUUCAACAUGGAAGGGUCCAAAGCUGCUCUGGCAGGAGACUUAACUAAUGAAAUGUCUCAGAGUGGAUUCAGUGCUGCCUAUUACAGGGACACCCUGGUCCUGGGCUCAGUGGGAUCAAACAGCUGGCGUGGUUCUCUGGAAGAGCGUCAUCAUCAACAUGAAAAACAGAUUUUAGAUUCAUACAUGGAAAUGGACUCCUACAUGGGAUUCAGCUUAUCCACUGGAGAGAGGAAUGGAGUUCCUCUGUAUUUCUCAGGCGCUCCCCGGUUUCAGCACACUGGACAGGUUGUGGUUUUCAAUCGAACUGGAGGACAAUGGAUGGUACAGCAGAGACUAGAGGGGAGCGAGGUUGGUUCCUAUUUUGGCGCGGAGCUCUGCACUGUAGAUAUUGAUUUGGAUGAUAGCACUGACUUUCUGUUGGUGGGAGCUCCAAUGUUAUACCAGCCUCUACAAAAGACAGAGGGAAAAGUCUAUGUCUACACUCUGACUGAUCAGUUGCAACUGGAAAUGAAGCUGAAUGUGACGGCUCCAUCCAUGGGGAGAUUUGGCUCCACCCUAGCAAGUCUCGCUGAUCUGAACGGAGAUGGACUCAGAGACGUAGCAGUUGGCGCCCCUCUGGAAGACGAUAACCAUGGAGCCGUGUACAUAUAUCUCGGAGAUCGAAAAAGUGGGAUACGCCACACCUUCAGCCAGAGAAUCAGUGGAAAGAAUUUUCAACCUGCAAUGAAGCUGUUUGGGCUAGCCAUUGAUGGACAUGGAGACCUUGGAAAUGAUGGGCUUCCAGACAUUGUGGUUGGAUCACAGGGAGCUGCUGUUGUUUUAAGCUCCAAGCCAGUCUAUAAUGUUGCAGCUUCUGUGUCAUUCCAUCCUGAAAUGAUAAGUAUCGAGAAAAUCGAUUGCGUGAGCCAUGCCCAUGAAGUUCUGCCCAUGGUUAAUCUAACGACGUGUUUUGAGUUGAAAGAGGCAACAAAGAGCGUAACAGAAAAAGCUAACUCCGCCAUAAGAAUCCUGUACAUGCUCAGCAUAGAUUUAAUGAGACAAACCCAUCGAGGAUUCUUCAACCCAACUGAUAAGAAAACCAAGAGUCUUCACAUGCACUGCAACUUAACCACACAAGUGACGUGUUUCAACCAUUCAGCCUACAUGCCGAAAUGUGUAAAAGACACUCUAUCCCCUAUCAGCGUUAAGUUAAGCUUCUCCCAGCCUGAUAAUGACAACGCAAGUGCUGUCCUAAACGUGGACAGUAAGAAGGAUUCCAUUUUUGAGAUUCCAUUUGAGAAACAAUGCAAGAAGAAUGACACUUGCAUUGCAGAAUUGGAAGUUGAUUUCAACUUCAUGACGCCAACGCUGUUGGUGUCCGACCAGAGUUACUUCAACGUUUCCAUAGUACUGGUCAAUAAAGGGGACGACUCGUACAACACCAGCCUCACUGUGCUCCACUCUCCUGGCCUUUCCUUUUCCAGUAUGAAUGUCACAAAGGCCACAAGACAAACUUUGUAUGAGUGCUAUGAUCUGAAAGAAGUGCUUGACAGAACUCAGUGUGGCAUCAGCCGUCCUGUGUACCGCAGCGGCUCCAAGGCAACAUUCCAGUCGUCUUUCCAUGUCAUUAAGGAUAUUGAUUGGAAUGACACAAUGACAAUGACCGUCUUUGGCAAAAGUGAUAACACAAACUCCAGCACGAUUGAUUCUGUGACCAAAACCAUUAAGGUACAAUAUGAAAUCAGGAUGGUGAUCGCAGUGAAAGAGGAGAGUGUCACCUACCUGAACUUCACAACAGAGGAUACAAAACCCAAAAAAAUGGUCAUUACUUACCAGAUAGAUAAUACUGGUUUCAAGGAGUUUCCGGUCAAUGUGUCGCUGCACUUCCCAACACAAGUCAAAGACAACUUUGAAUUAAUCAACUAUCAGGUUUUAGUUCAUAAAAACAAAACCCAGUGCUCUAGUGCUCCCCAUCUAAAAUCUGAGCACUGUUCUCCGGACAUGGAAUGCAUCAUCACACAGUGCAACAGUUUCAGUCUGAAAAAACACUCUACCGCUGUCUUCAGGCUGGAGGCAGACGUGCAUUUUAGAGACAUUCGUCAUUAUGCAGAGAUGUUUUCUGGCUUUACUGGAGGCAGCACAGACAUCCGAUUCAAGAGUUUGAUACACGUCGAUACCGACAGGAGGCGCUAUGUGCUGGCUUCUUACAAUGAGAAAAGCUCUGAGAAGAUCAAGCUUUUGAAGAACGGCCAACACACUGAAAACGAUCCAACAACGAAAUGGAGCGAAGUUCGAGUUGAGAUCAUUGUUUCCCCCAACCAGUGGUUGAUCAUUGGAACUGGAGCAGGAGGGGGAUUGCUGCUUCUCAUCAUCAUAACAAUCAUCUUGUGUAAACUGGGCUACUUCAAGAGGAAAAAACCGCCGGUGGACGAAGAAGAGGAAGGAGUAGUCUUCAACUUCCCCACGGAACAACACACUAAUGGAACAGUUGGUAAAUCAGAAGACGAAAGCGAUUCGGAUCGUGUUCUCGAGGAACAACAGUCUCUUCCCGAGAACAACGGAGAACCUCAACAAGAAGACCAGCCACAGGACCAGGACUUAGCUUAACGAAAAUUCAGCCUCACAGCCGCCUAAAACUAUCCUGACAACUCGUAAGGAAUAUAGAGAGAAAUCUGGAAUAAUCACCAAAAGAAUUUUUUCUGUUAAAAAAGCAAAACUACGAAACCAGGUCAAGAGUUUGAUGACCCAAAAUCUAAAAUAAAUAAAUAAAUAAAUAAAUAAAUAAAUAAAUAAAUUCUACAAAAAUGAUGAUGCGAAUACUUUUAAUCAGAUUUGUCUUUAAAGCAAAUGCUAAAAACUUUGGCCAGAACUGUCUCUAGUGAAGAGAACAACUUUGUUUCUACUUCUGAACGUAUUAAAAAAAUUCAGUAUUUAAGUAAUAAUCCAGUUCAAACAUUUCAAACGAAGAACAAAAUGGCUAAAGUAAAAGUAAAGUAAAGUUUUACUUUAUUUAUCCCACAAUGGGGAAAUUGUUCUACGCAUUUGACCCAUCCCCUGGGGGGAAAGGUGAGCUGCAGACGAACCGCACCCAGGAGGCGACAGCUGGCUGGGGAGAGCGGGGAUUGAACCGCCAACCCUUCAGUCAUUGGACGACCUGCUCUAUCGUCUGAGCCACUUGCCACCCAAACAGCAAAGAACCGAAUAAAUCAGAAUCGGGAGGACCUACAGAGCAGAGAACGGUCCUGCUAAGUUGUUCACGCGUCCAUCUUCAUGAAAAUCUUACUAAAAUGAUUGACAGGUCUGUGUAACUUGCUUUGUAUUGUUGAGCCAUGUGCAAUGUAAAGUGUUCUAAAAGAACCAAUAAAGACUCCAAUUAAAGAGUAAAAUCCUAUUUAAAGACUUUGGACAUGCUAUCAACUUCAAAAGUGAAAAACUUUAAAAAAUAAAAACAUUUAUUCCAAUUUUUGUAAAAGAAUUACAGUGUUAAAUUCUAGUUAACAAUCAUAGUAGUACUCUGACUCUGAAUGUAAGCCCCAAAUAACCUUUACUGUGAGAAAUCACCUAAUUCUGUUGAGCAAAAGGAAAGUUGUAAAAAUCAUAUUGCCAUUUCUAAGCAUAAACCGCUCUUUUUUGCAUGUAUGUAAAUGUGCGUGGGUCCAAACAGAUCUAUUUAUGUCUGUAUAUCUCAUUUUAAUAUCUGUUUAGAGUUUUAAUCAUUGCUUCAGUUGUUUUUUUGUGUGUGAACUGAUUUAAGUGUUUUCUAUUCACUAGUUUUUAUACUUUGUUUCACUUUUAUUAAUAAAAAUAUACCAAGUAUCUUAA